GCUGUUCCAUUUGCGUCGUUUAAUUUGUUUUUCUUUUUACAACAAAUUGCAUCCGAAUCUUCCAAAUCGGGGAUCCAAAAAUGGAGUCGCCCACCUCGCACCUGGUGGCCAAAGAUUUCCAGGUGACAGGCGUUUCGCGCAGCGGACGCGUACGCAAAAAGUCGUCGAAACUGUUGGAUUUCGAGUCGCCGGAGGAGAUCGAGAAGCGGACGCGGCGCCAAAGUGGCGGCAGGCAAACCUCUAGAUAUUCCGGACGCGGGCGGCCGUCGAAUGCGCUGCGCGACCUCGAUCUCGACCAGGAGAUGCUCGUGGACGAGCCGAACAUCUCCGAGGGCGAGGAGUUCCAGCACCCGGAAACGCCGACCGCGGCGGCCGCCGUCCUGAACUCCGACGACGAGCUGGACAACCUGGUGCAGGAUCUGGUCGACGGCGUCCAGGCGGAGGCCACCAGCCAGGCGUCGCCCACCGUCCGCCAGAGUCUCUACAUGCGCGAGAAGGCCAACAAGCGCAAGGUGCUCAAGGACGGCAAGGUGGUGAACGCCAAGGUGCAGCGCAAGGACAAGGGCAAGCAGCGCUACACCGCCUACAGCCUGUGGGCCAGGGAGGCGCGCAAGCGGGACCUCCAGGAUCUGGACUUUACCAGCGCCACCAGACGUCUCAGCGAGAUGUGGGCGAACGUGUCGAAUCGGGACAAGAACGCCUGGCGGCGCAAGGCCAAGAUCCAGGCGUCCAGGGCCAGAUCGCGCGACAGGACAGCUCCGAAUGGCGCUCCGCAGGCGGCUAGCAAUGGCAGCAGCACGGCCUUGGCUUUGGCCGAACCCUCGCAGCACGAGACGAUCUUCCAGAAUCGGGCGACGACGAGUCGUACACGCAAAUUGGCCGCCGAUCGGCAGCAAUCCUCUCUAGACGCGGCGGCGGCGGCGGCAGCAGCAGCAGGGGCGAGUACCUCGUCGCAGAGGCGCAGCAUUAGCACACGGAGUGGCAGGUCGCAGGCCUCGACGAGUGGGGCGGCGAAACAGCAGCAGUCGCCCGGGGAGGCGGAGGUGGGCAGUAGGAGUGGAGCUGGUCACCAGAGGCACGAGGAGUCGCACAAGACCAGCAUCGAGGUGAUCGACGCGGCGGCCCAUUUAAAACUCUUGGGCGAGAGCCUCACGGUGAUCGGCGAGCGGCUGAAGAAGCACAACGGAUACGUGGCCCUCUCGGGCAGCCUGUCCGUGCUCCUCGACAGCCUGCUCUGCGCCAUGGGACCACUGCUCUGCAUGACCACGCAGAUUCCGGGACUGGAGAACAAGGUCGAGCUGAGCAAAAACCUCGCCGACACCCUGGACAACAUCGCCUACGUAAUGCCGGGACUCUAA